AUGAAUGAUAUGUUUGAACAAAUAAAGCGAAAUUUGUUUUUCAAAAAAAAAAGGGCUUUAAAAAAUCAUGUACAACUUGUGCAAGUGACGUUGCAAGUAGACCCACAAUUAAAGUUGCAUGAGAAGGGAGGAGUUCCACAAUUAGCAGAAGAUAGUUGCCCAUUACAAUUAAAACUAUCACUUAAAAAAGUACAAGACGUAGUAUUAGCCGUGCAGCUUCCACAUUUUGCUGUACAAGGGAGGGUACCUGUACAACCAGUAGUGAUAAAUUGA